GGCCAUGUGGGCGUUGGGCGGGGCCCGGGAGAUCCGGGCCUCAGGGUGGAAGAGCUUGUUACGCCUGAAAGCUUUCGUCAUGGUGGGCCCCGUGGUAUACUUGGUGGCAGCGGCUCUGCUUGUCGGCCUUAUCUAUUUCCUGACUCGCAGCAGGGGCCGGGCAACAGCAGCUGGCCAGGAGUCGUUGCACAAUGAGGAGCAGCCUGUAGUAGCAGGCUCAGUGGCCCAGCCUCAGCCCCUGGACCUCGAGGAGCAGAGAGCAGGGGGCAGGCCCCGGCGCCGGAGGGACCUGGGCAGCCGCCUGCAGGCCCAGCGUCGAGCUCAGCGUAUUGCCUGGGCAGAGGUGGAUGAGAAUGAGGAGGAGGCCAUCAUCCCAGCCCAAGAGGAAGAAGGUAUCGAGAAGCCAGUGGAAAGUCACCUGUCAGGGAAAAUUGGAGCCAAGAAACUACGGAAGUUAGAGGAAAAACAGGCGCGAAAAGCCCAGCGUGAGGCAGAGGAGGCUGAACGUGAGGAGCGGAAACGCCUUGAGUCCCAGCGUGAGGCAGAAUGGAAGAAAGAGGAGGAGCGCCUUCGCCUGGAGGAGGAACAAAAGGAGGAGGAAGAGAGGAAGGCCCGGGAGGAGCAGGCCCAGCGGGAACAUGAGGAGUACCUGAAACUGAAGGAGGCCUUCGUGGUGGAGGAGGAAGGUGUGGGUGAGACCAUGACUGAGGAACAGUCCCACAGCUUCCUGACAGAGUUCAUCAACUACAUAAAGCAGUCCAAGGUCGUGCUCUUGGAAGACCUGGCUUCCCAGGUGGGCCUACGGACUCAGGACACCAUAAACCGCAUCCAAGACCUGCUGGCUGAGGGGGCUCUGACAGGUGUGAUUGACGACAGGGGCAAGUUCAUCUACAUAACCCCCGAGGAACUGACUGCUGUGGCUAACUUCAUCCGACAGCGGGGCCGGGUGUCCAUCACCGAACUUGCGCAGGCCAGCAACUCCCUCAUCGCCUGGGGCCAGGAGCCCCCUGUCCAGGCCCCAGCUUGACCUAGCCCUUCCCUUUUGGACUGGGAGCUGGUACAGCCUACCUGGCCAUACAUCUUGGUCCCUCCCCACCAUCCUGGGGGAAAGAUGGAAUGUGGCCAGGCAGUUAUAGAUUAAAGACCUGUGAGCACUGCUGAGCUUGGUGUGGCUUGGUAUGACAGAAGGCCUGGCCUGAGAUUCCAGAUGAGCAAGUGAAGCCUAGUCCUCAAAUUAUAUCCAGGGUGGGUGGGGGUGGGAGGAGCCCUGUGGUGAAAGUCCCAUUCUUAUGCAUUCAUUCAUUUAAAAAGAAUAUUGAGCAUUUAUUGUGUUCCUUUGUACCCUACAUAGAUGAGUUCUUUCUCUCCCUGCCUCAGAGCAACCUUCUCAGAGCAAAAGUGAGCAACCUUAGGGCCACAUCUCCCCUAACUGGGGAGGGAGGUCUCACUGUUGCUUACAUGGAUGGAUUCAGGAGCCCUAUAGAGUGCUGAGAGCCCUUAAGGAGAAGAGUGAAGUGCCAAGGAUAGAAUCCUAAGGGACAUCAGCCUUUAAGAGGGAGGGAAGGGCAGUCAGGGAGGGAGAGAGGCUGGGCAGGUGGAAGGAAGCGGGGAACCUACUUGAGCUGGAAGGAAUUGUACAGUGGAGAGAUGUGCUUCCUACAGUCCAUCGCAUGAAUUUAGCUCUGCAUCCUCAACAAAGUUUAAAUGGUGUGGGCGAUUCCACCCACCGGUGGAUGUAAGGACCAUAUGCUCAGCAGUGGGUGUGAGAUGGGAGAUGUGUGUCUCCUGUAGGGUCAGUCACUCUAGUUCCUGUAGGCUGUUCAUGGCGUGUGCAUCCUGCUGUGCUGAGGGUGAGGCAUGUAUUUAAAGGUGUAUUUUUUAUGCAACAUUGCCCCUAAACAUAAACCACCUACUUCCUCUCGUGCCUGGUAGAGGAGGCAGCUUUCUGUUCUCACCCUGAAGGAAACCGUGUGGAUGAUUAUGCGGAGACAGGACAUUAGGCUUUAGGGUGGAGCCUUCCUGAGUGUUGUCAAGGAUGAUUUUGACUCAUUUGGUGCCGUAAGUAUUAACUACAGUACCUAAAUUCCAAGUGAGGUCUGACUCUGCUGCUUCCGUCAGCAGCAGGCACUUGGGAGUCACCUGGAGCUAGGAAGGGCCACAUGCACUGCCUGGGAGCCCGUAAUCCAGUAGGAGAGAGAAGGAACAGAUAUAGGCACCGUUAGUGUCAGAACGAAACAUAAAAUUACAAAGGGAAAAGGGGGCUUACAGUCUGAGUGAUGGAUGGUUCUGGGCCCUGGUUGCCCAUUGGAAGCACCUGGGGAGUUGUGAACAGUCUCAUGCCAGAUUGCAUUCUGGACUAGGGGAAUCAGAAUAAGACCCCACCAGAAAGGGCUUCUUACAGAGCAAGGUCUCUUCUGUCCUUUCCCUCACUUGUCCUUAGCCACUUCUAUCCAGGUGGCAGGAUGACUAGGAGUCUUAGCACCUGCAUUCCACCCUCAGGACACAGUCCACAGGCCAAGAGUGAGGAAAAGGAAAUUCCCUUUCUCACAUCCUGGAAGCUUUCGAAAACCCUUUAUGUCCCACUUAGUGUGGAGGAAAAAACCUGUGACCCCUUGUGCAUUAUUUAGUGAUCAACCUACUAAUCUAAUAAAUUUAUCAAAUGGACAGUUCUUGAAAUAGUGAUUAACAUGUUUCUAAAUAUGUAUAAAGCGCUUUCACAAUUAGUACAUGAAAACUUUCAGGUUUAACCACUUGUAAUUUCUCAAGCAUUUAAACAAUUAUUACUUAAAUACUUCUAAGCAUUUAAAUCCCCCAAAUUUAAUACAUGAAAUUAUUUUAAAUGCUUUUACAUCUUAAAAAGUAGACCUGGUGUUAAAACAAUGACAUUACUGAUCUAUGUGUGUGAUACUGAAACUGAUUAUAAACAUUUCAAUAUCAUGAUUUACAUUUGCUUAUUCACUGGCUCUGCUUUUAUUUCUUUUGCUUCCUGAGGGUAGUUUUCACUUCUCUUGGAGCCCCAGCAUGAUUAUCUCGGAUGGCUGAGGAUGCAUAUAUAUGAAGGAUGGUGAUUCAGAAGCAGGGACCCAGGACUUCACUGUGACCCUGAGUCCUUUAGUUGUGUGGCCCCUUUUUCAUCAUUAGGUCCCCCCUCCACAUCAGAAACACUUGACUGUUGUUUCCAGCUCAUCAGGUAAAUUCUGAUUUUGGAGUUCCCAAGUUACAAAACGCUCAUUAUGCUUGUUCUGGGUGCCUUAUCUUUAUAGCCCAGUUCGACAGGCCUGUUUUGAUGCCACUUGCUCCCAGUAGAGCCCAGUUCAGUUUUGUUCUAUCACAACGUCUCUUUUUCAUGGACCUUCAAGGCCUGUUAUUUUUUUUUAAUGCUUAUUUAUUUGAGAGAGACAGAGACUGUGAGUGGGGGAAGGGCAGAGAGAGAGGGAGACACAGAAUCCAAAGCUGUCAGCACAGAGCCCAACAUGGAGCUUGAGCCCACAAACUGUGAGAUCAUGACCCGAGCUGAAGUUGGACGCCCAACCAACUGAGCCAGCCAGGCACCCCAAGGCCUAUUAUUGACAAGCCUGUGGUGGGAGAGCCAUAUAAUACAACUUGUCUUUUCAAAAAUGGUUAAAAGAUUGGCCAUAAGUUGAAAAAUUGUAAAAGCUGGGUAAUGGGUACAUGUAGGUUAUACUCCUAUUUUUAUAUUGAAAGUUUCUCGUAAAAAAAAAAAAAAAAGCUUAAAAUUAAUAAGGGGCGCCUGGCUGGCUCAGUGGGUGGAGCAUGCCAGUCUUGAUCUCAGGAUUGUAAAUUCAAGUCCCACAAUGGGUGUAGAGAUUACUUAAAAGUAAGUUUUUUCAAUUUGAAAGAAGUCAUUUACUUAUUUAUUUAUUUAUUUUUAGUUUGUUUAUUUUUGAGAGAGCACACACACGCAUGUGAGUGGGGGAGGGCCAGAGAGAGAGGGAAAGAGAAUCCCAAGUGGUCUCUGCAUUGUAAGCACAGAGCCCAAUGUGUGCUCAAACUCAGGAACUGUGAGAUCAUGACUUGAACCAAAAUCGGGUUGAGUGCUUAACUGACUGAGCCACCCAGGUGUCCCUGAAAGUAGUUGUUUAUUAACUGACCAGAUUACAGAAAUAACUGUGGUAGAUCCCUUAGGUCAUCCUUCUAAUAAGCCUGUUGAUCUUGUCUUCCUUGUUGCCAACACAUCUACCUUCUACAAAAUGGGUGGUCUUUUUUUUUCAUUCUUUCUUGUGGAGAAGAUAAUUUGAAGGGCGUAAAAAUAAUUAUUUCUUAAAUAAGUGUUUAUUUUAUUUUUUUUAAUUUUUUUUUUAAUGUUUAUUUAUUUUUGAGACAGAGAGAGACAGAGCAUGAACAGGGGAAGGUCAGAGAGAGGGAGACACAGAAUCUGAAACAGGCUCCAGGCUCUGAGCUGUCAGCACACAGCCUGACGCGGGGCUCGAACUCAGGGACCGCGAGAUCAUGACCUGAGCCUAAGUCAGCAGUUUAACCAACUGAGCCACCCAGGCGCCCCAAUAAAUGUUUAUUUUUGAGAGAGAGAGAGAGAGUGCGAGCUGGUGUGGGGCAGAGAGGGGGACAGAUGAUCUAAAGUAGGCUAUGCACUGACAGCACAGCGCUCGAUGUGGGUGGGACUCGAACUCACGAACCCCUGAAAAAUCAUGAAAUCAUGACCUGAGCCAAAGUUGAACCAACUGAGCCACCCAGGUGCCACUAAAAGUAAAAUAUUUUUAAAAAUAACACAAUGAGCCCUAGAUGGCUUCAUGAUCCUUGGCUCAAGAUAAACUUCAGAAAAGGGGCUAAAAAAGCUGGACCCUGUGAGGCUGCCAGUAGUCCCUCCAUCGACCUGGCAAUUGGCCCCCAGGCUACACAGUGGCACCAGUCAGUGCAGGAUGCAUGUUGGAUCUCUGUAACACAAAACUUAUUUAACACAUUCAAAGUGUGUGUCAAAAAACUAAUAAACUAUGGAGAGCCUACUGAGUAUGAGGCAAGAUGCUAAGCACCCCAGGGAACUGCAUUGAGCAAAACCUGGCCCCAUCCACAAGUGGCGGAUGGGGCAGUGGUGCUAAUCCACCAGGGAGACCAGUCGGCCAGCCAGCAGGUGCAUGGCCAAAUCCUGUGAUAUGCAAAAGGGACCAGUAGCUUACAAGCAAGGCCUUCUGGGCGGAGUGGAGGACAGAUGUGGGAAUGUAAUGAGCUGUCAGCACAGAACCUGAUGCAGGGCUCGAACUCACAAGCCAUGAGAUCAUGACCUGAGCCAAAGUCGGAUGCCUAACUGACUGAGCCACCCAGACACUCCGAGUAACUCAUUUCUUAGCCCUUCUUUGCAGUCAUCUCAUCCCACAAAUCAUCGUUACUCCUAUCAACCCCUCCCUGUACCAACUCCACUCUUCACAAGUGCUUGCCCCAGACAUCUCCAGUCCCAAGUCCCAGCCCCAAGAUUGGAGAUGACUAUUCCACUGAGGCUGUGUUUCUCAAACUUAUUUGACAGUAUCUCUUAGUAAGAAAUCCAUUUUUCAUUAAGUACAUGUUCGUAUGCACAUGCAUAGAGAGACCUGAAGCUAAGGUGUCCUAGCAGUGCUUUGCUUAGUGUGGUUGAUGCAUGUUGAUAUUUGCUUCUCUGUUCUGUACCACUGCUGAUGCUGACUCCAUUGAUUUCUUAACCCACUAACUGAUUUGAAAAAUAGGGUUCUAAGGAGCCUGUUUCUUUUACAUUGAGGACAGGGCAAAGGAUCAAUAUCUAGGUGAAGAGUUGUGUAAUAUAUAUAACUUGAUAAUCACAGGGUUGUACCAAAAGCAAUUUAGACUACAGUAGUGACAUUGAAAAAUAGUUUUACUUGGUUUAUCCUGACACCAUACAUAAUUUUUGGCUUAUUAUAUACUACAUUAUUUUGUUACGCAUUACAGCAAAAAUGUGUAAGAGAAUGUUAUGAGAACCUAUUAAAUACCAAUACUGUAACAUUAACUUUGUUUAAAUAUAAUCUUUUGCACAUAAC